AUGCGCAUGGAGCCACUGGACACAAGUGGUACAAAACCGUGGAAUUUGGAACUCCUCACAAAAUAUCCAAGUCAAGCAGUGGACGUGUCUGAUGACAUCGGCUACGUGGUGUACUCAGCUUUGGGCAGCUUCUACAUACCGUCCUGCAUUAUGGUCUUCGUGUACAUCAGGAUAUACUUUGCGGCCAAGGCUAGGGCGAGGCGGGGCAUAAGGAAGAAUCCCAGACCUAGGCCGAACGAGCAGCAAACGAGCUUUUCGAACGCGCCAAAAGGCACGCGUCCGAUGCCUACCACGUCAACCUUGGCGAUGCCGCCAGGCGUGGACGCUAACAAUUCUAAUAAUAAUAGGGAGAGUCAAAUAUCAACAAUAGAAACGCAACAGGUCGCGAUACCGACUGUGACAUGCGACUUCGCCUCCGACAUAUCGACGAGCGAAGCGGGCGACACAGCGGCCCAGCCUGAAGAACGGAAAGAUACGCUCAAGGUAGUAACAUCAGCGCAAGUAACAAGAAACCCUUUAGCCACGUGUCCACACAGAAGUUCCACACUCUCCGUGAACGGAGAGUUGGCUCUCCAGGCGCAGAGAAACCGUGCUCCAAGCGUAGCUAUAGACACCGACAUGGUCUCGGAGUUAGAACCGUCAUCCUCUGAUUCCGGAGUAGCCACGCGCUGCGCGGUCGUCAAACCCCUUAAACUGAGGAUAUGUCAACCAAUAUUCGGUAAGAAGAGCGAUUCCUCUAGAAGACAAGAGAAGACUCAGCCAACAAAAGCAGAAUUAGAGCCUGCAUUGCCAAAGCACACAAAACCCAGAGAUCCAGAGCGGGAAAAGAGAAGAUUAGCGCGUAAAAAAGAGAAGCGCGCAACUUUAAUAUUAGGUUUAAUUAUGGGUAGUUUUAUUGCGUGUUGGCUGCCAUUUUUCUUUCUGUACAUACUUAAGGCGGCGUGUAGAGGUUGCGUUAUUCCGGGCAGUGCGUUUGCCAUAGCGUUUUGGCUGGGGUAUAUGAACUCUGUAUUGAAUCCUGUUAUUUACACGAUAUUCAACAAGGAUUUCCGCAGGGCCUUCCGGAGGAUACUGUUCAAGUGA